AUGAACUCUUCCUCAGGUGAAGGACAGAUUAUAGUCGUCUACUGGGCUAAUUAUGGUCGCCGUGACAACACCACGUGCCCUGAUGGACGUCCUGACUCUCAGCUCCAAAAUGUUCACUGUUCGAGUCCCAAUAGUACAGAAUAUGUAACUAACAGGUGUAACUGGCAGAACAACUGUACUGUUGAAGCAAAGACCUCAGUGUUUGGAGACCCCUGUGGUGACACCUACAAGUACCUGGAGGUGGUUUAUGACUGCCAGGCUCCUUCCUGCCCUCCUGGUUGGACUUGGUUUGGAGGUCGCUGUUUCAUCUUUGACAGCAGCAUGAAGAACUGGACUGAUGCUGAGAGUUCCUGUGAGACACUCGGUGGACAUCUGGCCUCAUUCCACAGCACAGCUGAGUACACCUUCAUCAGAGGGGUCACUCACACAGCAGCAGGGUCAUAUCCACCAGCUUGGGUUGGAGGCAGAGAGACUGAAACUGUGUGGGUGUGGAGUGAUGGUUCCCAGUUUGACUUCAUAAUCUGGGCCAGUGGAGAACCAAACAACUAUGGAGUAGAAGAAGAUUGUAUGGAGAUAAAUUAUAAAGGAGGAGAUCAUGUCAACGACGAAAAGUGUAACUUGAACAUCCCUUUUGUUUGUGUCAGAGAUCCAUAACUGCUCCUUCGUGUCCUGACACAUCUGAC